AUGCCGGUUUCGCCUCUCUCGUCCCCGAAAGAUAGAGGUUUCCUGCAACUGGGCGCCUCGCGAUCGAGUACUCUCGACGACAACAUGCAGGGCAUUCCGCUCCAGCCAGUGAGGAGCACGGCGAGCUCUACGGGAGCUCGCAAGGCGAACCAGGCGAUUGGGAACGGAUUUGAUGGCACCCAAUCGCCUCCAGAAAACGAAAAGAAUGCCUUGUACACUGGUGCCGGCCGCAGAAGGGCCAAGAAGCCAGACCCCCCAGGACGAGUCAAUUCGUUGGGCUCCGAGGAGUUCUCGCUCAAUGCGAUGGGCAGACUGUACAACAAGAUUAUUGGAUUCUCCGUGGUUACACGAUACCUCGUCUACAUUGUACCGGUUGCCAUUUUGCUGGCCGUGCCUCUGAUUGUCCUGCCGCUCGUCGGUCAUAAAAAUGACCCAGUCGGCAAGAAGACGACGACGGACUCUGAUGGCAAUAAGACGACCGUCGAGGGUCCGUCCCUGUUCAACCUGUUUCUCUGGAUUGAAAUCACAUGGCUCACACUUUGGGCUGGCAAAACUGUCGCCCACUUGAUGCCUCCGGUUUUCAUGUUCGUCUGUGGUGUUGUCAGUUCUGGCACCCGUAAAUACGCACUGGUGCUCCGCGCAUUGGAGAUCCCGCUCUCGCUAUUUUUCUGGGCUCUUGCCACCUGGCUGACCUUCAAGAACCUGUUUGGUAGCCAAUACGAUUCCUUGGGAUGGGUGGAGACCAUGAAGAGAAUCCUUGGUUCUCUGUUUGUCUCCUCGGCCGUUUUCCUGGGCGAGAAGACAAUCGUGCAAUUGAUCAGUGUGACUUACCACCAGAGAUCUUUUGCCAACCGCAUCAAGGACUGCAAGCGCGAGGUUUUCCUGCUUGGCCUUUUGUACGACGCCUCCAGGACCCUCUUUCCCAUGUACUGCCAAGAGUUUGCCGAAGAGGACUACAUCAUCAACGAUAGUAUUGAGAUGAUGCUUGGUAAGCGAGGUCGUAAGGGUGGCAGCGGUACUCCCAUGAGGCUGAUAGGCAAUGUGGGACGUCUCGGCGACAAGGUGACCUCAGUGUUCGGUAAUCUCGCUUCUGAGAUCACGGGAAAGCAGGUGUUCAACCCAAAUUCGGCCCAUUCUAUUGUCGUGGAAGCUCUGGAGAAGGUUCGAACUUCCGAGGCUUUGGCCAAGCGCAUUUGGAUGUCCUUUGUCGUCGAGGGCAACGAAUCAUUGUUUGUCGAUGAUAUUAUUGAGGUCCUCGGCCCGGCGCAUCGUGAGGAAGCCGAGGAGUGCUUCGAGGCUGUCGAUGCCGACGGUAAUGGUGACAUCAGUCUUGACGAGAUGAUUCGCAAGGUUGUUGAAAUUAGCAAGGAGCGCAAGGCAAUCAACCACAGCAUGAAGGACAUAAGUCAGGCUUUGGCUGUGUUUGAUAGAAUCCUCCUCUUUGUUGUUUUGCUCAUCGUUAUCUUCAUCUUCCUCGCCUUCUUCCAGAGCUCCUUCAUUACUACACUCGCUACUGCCGGAACUGCGCUUCUUUCACUCUCUUUCGUGUUCGCCGUCACCACACAGGAGUUCUUGGGUUCUUGCAUUUUCCUCUUUGUCAAGCAUCCCUAUGAUGUUGGCGACCGGGUCGACAUUGUUGGAUCCGAGAAGCAGCAGCUUGUUGUGGAACGAAUCUCCUUGUUGUACACCAUCUUCAACCGUAUCGACAAGAUGCAGAUCGUCCAGGUGCCAAACAUUCAGCUUAAUAACCUGUGGAUCGAAAAUGUAACCCGCAGCAAGGCAAUGAAGGAGGUCAUCGACUUGAACGUGUCCUUUGACACUUCAUUCGAGGAUAUCGAGCUACUCCGCCAAGAAAUGGAGGCAUUUGUCCGACACCCCGACAAUGCGCGCGACUUCAUGCCUGAUCUGGUGAUUGGCGUUGGAGGCAUCAAUGACCUGGAUAAGCUCACGCUCAAGAUUGCUAUGAAGCACAAGUCGAACUGGCACAACGAGGCUGUGCGGGCCACCAGGAGAAGCAAAUUCAUGUGCGCGCUUGCGCUUGCCGUCAAGAAGGUUCCUAUCAUUGGCCCUGGAGGUGGCGGAGAACCUCUGGGAGGACCUUCCAACCCUUCGUACUCUGUGACGGUUUCUGAUCAAGAGGCUGCUCGCGCUAGAGACAAGGCAGACAAUGACAAGGAUGCGAAGAGAUUGGUUCCCAUGAAGACACCCCAGAGACAGCCUUCUAGUGCGUCAAAGUACUCAUCAACUUCACCCGAAUUGCAAGCCGCCCAGAACUUGAACACCAUGGGUGCUGCGGCACUUGCUGCUGGCGACGAUUGGGGCUACAACAGAGACGAUGACCCUGGUGCGUCCCUCGACGCCUCGAAUGAUCGCUUGGAGAGAAUCCGCUCGAAUGAGAUUGAUAGACUGCGGACUGAUCUUCAUAAGACUGAGUCUACGCGUGGCGGACGUCGUCAAGCCGGUACGACCCUUCCUGCGGACCAUUUCGGCAGCCCGACCAUUCAGGUAACACAACAUGAAUCUGCCUUCGAUGAGGAGGCGCAGAUUGAGAGCGCCCAAAUCUACCAAAGCCCAACCAUUACACAAUAUGGAUUCACGUCCAUGUCCCCACCAUCUCAAGCCGGCACUUCCAGUCAGCCCGGCACCAGCAGCGGCGCAGGCGUGCCGGCGGCUAGAACAGAGACUCUGCAAUCAUCCUCAUCACGAGGCUCGAGACCUAGGGGCGCUAGUGUCUCACGAGCAUUGAGCAGCUCCCAUUCUAACAAUCCUUAUCAGCAACGGUAA